AUGGACCCUCGUACAAGUGCCCAGAAUGUUAUACAUUGUGAUCUGUGUGAGACUGUUAAAGUACAGAUGCACUGUGAUACCUGCCUCGUCAACCUGUGUAAGGCCUGUGUUGGAGAACACAUCUCUGCUGGAGAUGAAUCCAAGGAUCAUAAAGUAGUCAAAUACCAGUCCAGGAAUUCCACUCCCAUCUACCCUGAAUGUACCUCCCAUGAAAAAGAACGAUGUGAGAUGUUCUGUAGAAAAUGUGACAUUUCCGUCUGCGCCAGUUGCCUUUCGUCUGAUCAACAUAUCAGUAAUAAAUUAUCAAAAAUCUUAGAAGUUCUGGAUGAAAAAAAGGACAAGAUAAACAAAUACAAAACUGACUUAAAUGAAAACGUUAAUCCAAAAUACCUAGAGAUGGCAUCUAAUGUACAAAACAAAAUAAGUGAAUUAGAAAAGGAAUAUGGAGAACUCUUAACAUCCAUAACAAAACAGGGAGAAGUCCUGCAAAGAGAAAUCGACAAACUUGUCAAUAAACUUAAAAACCAAAUUGACAAAAUAAAGAGUUCGCAGUUACAAACGUUACAGAAAAUUCUGGAUGAAAUUAACAGGAAAAUGAUUGACAUAAAACAGGAAAUCAAUUUAUUAGAUAUUGCAAAAGACUCUAAUGACAUUUCAAAAAUAAUCAAUUUAAGAUCCACUGUUGAUCAACAUAAAAUCUUUCCACAAAUACCUGUUUUGUCUGCACCAAAAUUUACACCAAAAGCCAUUCAAGAGGAAGAACUUUGUUCUCACUUUGGAGAUUUGUCUUUAAUUCCACUUAAAUCAAAAGAGCAUGGAAACAUAAUAAAGACAACAAAAAAUAAACGUAUAAUUAGUUCUCCUCCUUUAGUCAAAGAGAGAUUAUUAAAAGUUAAUGCCCCUCAAAAAAAACUGCGUAAUGAACCAGAGCUUUUCGACCAGCGUAUUUAUCAUUUUGGCUACCUUCGAAGAGUUGCCUGGUUGAGUGAUGAAAAGAUAUGGACAUGUGAUAAUAGCUGUACCAUGACCCUCUACAGCAUCAAUCAGGGUUCACCACUCAAGUCAAUUAGAACAAGGACAAUAAACAGCCUCCCAUCAGACAUAGCAGUGACAAAAAGUGGAGAACUAGUGUAUACUGAUAUAUGUGAGAGAACUGUUAACAUUGUGAAGAAUGAAAAUAAAGAGGAGGUGAUUAGAUUAAAUAACUGGAAACCUCUUGGUAUCUGUAGCACUUCCUCUGGUGACCUGCUGGUUACCAUGGAAAGUGAUGACAACAAACAAUCGAAAGUUGUCCGAUACUCUGACUCCACGGAAAAACAAUCCAUUCAGUUCGUUUAUAAGGGUACACCUCUCUAUUCAUCAGAUGGUUCUGAUAAACUCAUAUGUGAGAACAGGAACCUUGAUAUCUGUGUGGCUGACAGCGGAGCUAAAGCAAUAGUUGUAGUCAAUCAGUUCGGGAAACUGAGAUUCAAAUAUUCUGGACAUACUCCUGCUCCAUGGAAUAGAACACUCAAUCCAAGAGGAAUCACUACAGACAGUCAGAGUAACAUCCUCACAACUGAUUAUGAUAACAACUGUGUCCACAUAAUAGACCAGAAUGGACGAUUCCUUCAAUUCCUAGAAUUUGGAUUUUAUGCUCUUGGUGGGUUGUGUACAAAUUCAGAUGACUAUCUGUUUCUCAUUUCUUGGAAAUAUUUCUUCAGUUUGUCAAGCUCUCUGGAGAAAAUCAAAUACCUGCAUUAA